AUGAGAUCACCAACAACUAUAUACGAGGGUACACCGACUGCACCUGUCAAUCUUGCGACAUUAAAGACACAAGUGUCUCGAAAAUAUCAAAACUUGAUCGAAAGAACCAUUACAUUCAUUCCACAAAGAUGGAUUGCUGCUGGUGUUUUAUUUUUACUUUAUAUACUUAGAAUCUCGAUAGUGGGUGGAUGGUACGUCGUUACCUAUGCACUUAGCAUUUAUUUAUUGACCCAAUUUAUUGCCUUUUUGUCACCAAAAUGGGAUCCUGAUAUGGACGACGGUCUCAAUGUUGGAUUACCAACCAAAGGUGAUGAAGAACCAAAACCAUUUGUUAGAAGAUUACCAGAGUUUUUGUUUUGGCAUUCAAUUUUCAAGGCUUUAGUUAUUAGUCUCUUUUGUACUUUCUUCCCAUUCCUCAAUCUUCCAGUUUUUUGGCCCAUCUUGGUUAUUUACUUUAUCGUCCUCUUCACAGUUACAAUGAGAACUCAAAUUAGACAUAUGAUUAAACACAAGUACAUUCCUUUUACAGUUGGCAAAAAGGUUUACAAUACUCGUGAUUAA